AUGCUCACACCAUUCAAAUCUGAUCAUCAGCCCCAGCACCGAGAUGAAUGGGAAACAAUCGAAGCUCAGAAGCAGUAUGCAGUAAAGCUGAAAUUAAUUUCCGACUCUGCUCUCAAGGCCGGUCCUCCAGAAGCUGGGCAGUAUUUCCUCAUCGUUAACAGUGACCAGUACUGUGACAGGUGCACCACAGUGGAGAACCGCACCCGUGUCACCUGGUUCCUCCUGCUGGGGCUCACAGAGCAGGCAGGGCUCAAGGGCAUCCUCUCUGUGCUCUUCCUAUUCAUCUACUCAGUUACCCUCAUGGGCAACGUGGCCGUGGUCACCCUGACCCAUGCAGACCCGCAGCUCCACACACCCGUAUACUUCUCGCUGAGCGUCCUCUCCUUCAUAGACUCCUUCUCCACGUUCAACACCCCCAGGCUGCUGGAGAGCUUCCUCACCUCAAGCCAGUCCAUCUCCUUUGCAGGCUGCAUGGUCCAGAUGGCCCUCACGACUCUCCACGGUACCGCUGAGUGUCUGCUCCUGGCCAUCAUGGCCUCUGACCGAUUCGCUGCCAUCUGCCACCCUCUCCUCUAUCACACUGUCAUGUCCCAAUGUCUGUGUGUCCAGCUGGUGGCAGCCACCUAUACUGCUUCUGUUGCCAAUUCAGCUUUGCUGACUGGGAACAUCUUCAAGCUGCCCUGCUGUGGCCCCAACAUCAUUAACCAUUAUUUUUGUGACAUCCACCCUGUGCUCCAAUUUGCCUGUGCAGACACUGCUGAGGUUGAGGCCGUCGUCUUCUCAUCUUCUGCCCUGAUUGUCCUCUUUACCAUCACCGUUAUCCUGGUCUCCUAUGCCUACAUCCUGGUGAUGGUCUGCAGGAUGUGCUCCCUCGAGGCUCAGAGCAAAGCGCUCUCCACCUGUGCCUCCCACCUGGCCAUCAUCUGCCUCUUCUAUGGGACCAUCAGCUUCAUGUAUGCCCAGCCGAGCUCUCACAGUCCCAUAGAGCAGAACAAGGUCAUGUCUGUCUUCUAUACUGUGAUCAUCCCCAUGCUGAACCCUCUGAUCUACAGCCUGAGGAAUAAAGAUGUGAAGGCUGCGCUAAAGAGGAGAUGCCUUGGCAUGCUGCCUUCCUAA